CUCUCUCUCUCUCUCUCUCUCUCUAUCUUUCAGACUCACACACUUCCGAACCAGAAAAAUCAACGCACUUUCUUCCCCUCCAUGAGAGGAUUAGGGCAGAUAUAGAUCCCAAGAUUUGGAAAUGGAAGAAAGUCGCGUGCAAUUAUUGCAUCGCGGUUGCUGAUUUCUGAGGCAUUGAGGUCGGAGCUGAGCUUGAAUUUGAUCCGGGGUUCGCUAAUUGAUGCUUUUCAGUCGAGUUCUGGUUCUAAGACGCACAUGGAAUCGUUCUGGAGCGACAAUGGCGCACCAGACGCUUGGCACUUCCUCGUCGUUAUCUACUUCGCUUUUGGGUUUUUGGCUGCUCGGCUCUUCUUUGACAGAUUCAUCUUUUGCAAAAUUUCCAUCUGGUUGUUGAGCAAGGGAUCUGCUCCAUUGAAGCUCGAUAUGGCUACACGGGCAAAGAUUGUAAAAUGUUCAGAGUCACUUUGGAAGCUAACAUACUAUGCCACUGUUGAAGCAUGCAUUCUCAAGAUAAGCUACCAGGAGCCAUGGUUCAGAGAUACAAAAGAGUACUUUAAAGGCUGGCCAAACCAGGAGUUGGGGCUUCCCCUAAAGCUUUUGUAUAUGGGUCAAUGUGGAUUCUAUACCUACAGCAUUGUUGCCCUCCUUACAUGGGAGACUCGAAGGAAGGAUUUCUCAGUGAUGAUGGGUCACCAUGUAAUUACUGUUCUCCUGAUUGGGUACUCAUACAUUACGAGCUUUUUUCGGAUUGGCUCAAUCAUUCUUGCCCUGCAUGACGCGAGUGAUGUAUUUUUGGAAGCUGCCAAGGUUUUCAAGUAUUCUGAGAAGGAGCUUGCCGCAAGUGUGUUCUUUGGAUUUUUUGCUGUUUCGUGGCUCAUACUGAGGCUAAUAUUCUUCCCCUUCUGGGUUAUAAGCUCAUCAAGCUAUGACCUUAUUGACUGCUUGGAUCUAUCGAAGCUUGCUCCCAGAGCUCUGUACUAUGUGUUCAAUACAAUGUUACUGAUGCUGUUUGUGUUCCACAUAUACUGGUGGGUUAUGAUAUGUGCAAUGAUAAGAAGACAGCUGAAAAAUAGAGGAAAAGUUGGAGAAGAUAUAAGAUCUGAUUCAGAGGACGAUGAUUAGGCUUCCCAAGUUUUUUUUUGUCUGUGCAAAUGCUGGGGAGCCUACUUUUGACUUUGGUUGGCCUAUCAUUCCACUUGAAAGUGGUCAUUAUCUGUAGGAAGGGCUUCAUACUUUCUUCCAUAUUCAAGUUUUCAUUGAUCCUUCUUAUGGGUAGUCAUAUGGAGGUUGGAACGUCGAGCAUAUCCCUUGUUAUCUUGUUUUUCUUUUUCUUUUUUUCUUUUGAUGGAGUCUCUUGGUAUCUUUCUGGUGUAUAAAAUAGAAGGAAAUUCCUGUAUAAUUCUUCUCUGGAUAAUCAUUUGUUUUGAGUUGGCCUUUGUAUGGAGAAAUGGAUGGUAUUCACAAAAUAGAAAAAGAGAAAAUCAUCUUUCUGCGGAA